CCCACCCCCCGCUAUGGUGUAUAUCUAUACUCUCCGUUGCCUCCGUCUUCCUCAUCCCCUCCCUCCUCUGUGACCUGCUGAUAACUAUCAAGGAACAACCUCAGAAUGACUUCUCCAAAGAUCACGUUGUAUACCAACCACCGGUGUCCCUGGGCCCACCGUGCUCAUAUUGCCCUCAAAGAAUUGGGACUGGAUUACGAGGAGGUCAUCAUUGACCUGACCAAGCCACGAGAGCCAUGGUAUCUGGACAUCAACCCGCGCGGCCUUGUCCCCUCCAUUACCUACGGUGAACACAUCAUUACGGAGUCCGCAGUUGUUGCCCAAUUCCUGGCCGACGCCCAUCCGUCGCACCUCCUCCCUCCAUCCAACAGCGAGAACGGUGCCCUUCAACGCGCUCGUAUCGCCUUCUUCGUCGACACGUUCUUCAGCAAGGUCCAACCUCACUUCCAGACAUCCUUGCGGGCUUCCACCACAGAGGAGCGGGACGCUGCCGGUGAGGCGCUCGUCGCUGCGAUCAAAUCGGAACUGGAGCAUCAAUUGCCGGAGGGUUCGGAUGGCAAGGGUCCGUUCUUUGGCGGUAGUGAGAAACUGACGUUGGCCGAGGUGCUGACCGGUUCAUUCCUUCUGCGUAUUCUCUCCUUCCACAGACAGGGUUUGCUGAGUGAGAAGCUCCCGAGCCUGCUGGAGGACACACCGCGGUUCAAGCGGUGGGCGGAAGCAACGGUGCAGCAGGACAGUGUAAAUUAUAUCUGGGACGAGCAGGUGUCGGCUGAUGCGAUCAAAGCCAAGUUGGCGGCACUUGCGAAGAAGUGAACCAGGGGAACGUGUUCUAUAAAUUAUCCCCCCCCUGAAGAGAAUGAACGAAUGAAUGAAAGAAAAGAAAUAAAUAAAUUGGAACAAUGAAGUCCCGUGACCAUCGCCGGGAAUGUAAACCAUGCCAACAGUGCAAAUGAUGCA